AUGACCCCUAGGGCCCGUGGUUGCGAUGAGGGUUACGCCACGCGUAAGUUGGCGUUGCUUCCAGCCCUUAUUAAUAUGAAGGGACUGCUGAACCAUCACGUGGCCUCCUUUGAUCACCUUAUCAAUGUGGAGCUGGGGCGAAUUCUGUUGAAUGAGUCAAACAGAGAAAUUAAGAGCAGCAUUGAUCCAGAUUUUUCCAUUCGCUACUCAGGUAUUCGCGUUUGCCGCCCCCGGGAGAUUGUGGGAAAGGGUCAACUUCCCAAGCCUGUGUCACCGCAUGAGUGCCGCACGCGGGACCUCACGUAUCGCGGCGAUAUUGUAGUGGAUGUGGAGUACACUAGCCGUGAUCGCUCUAAACGAAUAUGCACUGAAACCAAUAUUAAAAUUGGGACAAUCCCCAUUAUGCUCAAAUCGAGUUCAUGCAACCUGUACGGGAAGGGGAGGGAGGAGCUGAUUGCUAUGCGGGAGUGCCCACUUGAUCCUGGAGGGUAUUUCAUUAUUAAAGGUGUUGAGAAAGUUUGCCUGGUGCAGGAGCAGCAGAGUAAGAAUCGUGUCAUUAUCGAGGCGGAUGACAACGGAGAUAUUGUGGCACAUGUGCAGAGCAAAACGCACUAUUCCAUCUCAAAGUGUUCAGUUACUUUCAGGAAAGGCCGUAUUGUUAUGGUGCACCGUUCUUUUAAGGAAGACAUCCCCAUCGUAGUAGUAUUAAAGGCGCUCGGCAUGGAGAGUGACCAGCAGAUUGCACAACACAUUGGAGUUUCACCCGCUUUUCAAAGCGUACUGUUUGCCUGCUUCGAGCACGCAGCCUCGCUUAAUGUUAAGACACAGGAUGAUGCGCUUCACUUCAUUGGUGAACGGCGAAAGGAGACCUUCUGGGAAAUGGACGAAACACAGCAGCGACACGUUCAAAAGUCUAAGGCGGAUAGCGCUGCGGAGUUUCUUGCAAAUGUUCUUCUGUGUCACAUCCGAGAGGGGGAAGUGCAGCGUGAUUGGAACUUCCGUCACAAAGCGUUGUAUGUUUGUUUUAUGGUUCGGCGCAUGGUAGAGGCGAGUGUGGAUUCAUCACUCCUCGAUGAACGUGAUUUUUACGGCAACAAGCGUUUCGAGACAACUGGGACGCUAAUGGGGCUCCUGUUCGAAGACCUCUUGAAACAAUACAACCGCGUGGUAAAGACCGCAAUGGAUCAGUUACUUUCCAAAAAAGACACGACAAAGCCAUUCAAUCUUAAACAGUUGAUGGAAAGCAAAAUGGAGGUUAUACAGAACGGAAUGCGUGUGGCGUUGAGUAGUGGCAGAUGGGAAUUGAAACGGUUUAACAUGAGUCGUCAGGGGAUAACGCAGGUGUUGUCACGGCUAUCUUACAUUUCAUGCAUUGGUAUGAUGACCCGUCUGGCAUCUUCAUUUGAAAAGAGCCGCAAAAUCAGUGGACCGCGCUCGCUGCAGCCAAGUCAAUGGGGAAUGGUGUGUCCCUGCGAUACCCCAGAGGGUGAAAGUUGCGGUUUGGUUAAGAACUUUGCUAUUCUUAGUCAGGUAACACUCGACAUGGAUGAUUCGUUUGUGCGUGCGGCUGCGUACAAUCUUGGAGUGGAGGAAGUCGAUUGUAUCAGCCCCAACGAGUUUCUUAAAUAUUACACAGUUUUCCUCAAUGGAACGUUGAUGGGCAUUCACCGGUACCCGAGCCGUUUGUGUCGGGGUGUACGAACCCUGAGGAGGUCAGGCCGCCUGCAUCCACACGUUUCUAUUGCGAUAAAUGACCGCCAAAAGAGUGUUCAAAUUGGUUGCGAUGGCGGACGGAUCGUGCGGUUGUAUAUUGUCGUUCGCGACGGGAAACCCGCUGUAACUUCUCAACACUUGGAUAACUUGAGUUCAGGCAAGUGUUCAAUUAACGAUUUUUUAGCUGAAGGUUUGGUGGAAUUCAUUGACGUAAAUGAGGCAAAUGACUGUCUCAUAGCAGUCUACCCCAAAGACAUUGAGCAGUACACGACCCACUUGGAGAUUGAGCCCCUUUCCCUGCUUGGGGUUGUCGCUGGCAUUAUUCCCUUUCCGCAUCACAAUCAAUCCGCACGAAACACAUUCCAGUCAGCCAUGGGCAAGCAAGCUCUUGGAACCAUUGCGUAUAAUCAGUACAUUAGAAUGGACACAGUACUUAUGUUGGGUGCUUACCCGCAACGGCCCCUUUGCCGGACGAAGGCUAUGAACCUAACCAACUACGAAAUAUUAGGUGCAGGAAUUAAUGCGAUGGUAUGCGUUAUGAGCUAUAGCGGUUACGAUAUUGAGGACGCUCAGGUCUACAACCGCAGUUCGCUCGAUCGUGGCUACGGCCGUUGUGUUGUUCUCCGCAAGCACGAGGUGGAACUGGAAAGGCUUCCCAACGGUGAGUAUGAUAUAAUUCUUCCAGCAGAUUCAAAUGUUGGGAGACACAGUGCUCUUAAUAGCGAUGGUAUUGCCAGUAAAGGGGCGGUCGUUCGUCAGUUUGAUAUUUUGGUAAACAAAUACACUCCCGUGCCGUCCAUGGAACCAAGGCCUAAUCCUCUCGUAUAUAAAUACCCUCAGCCUGCUGUUGUGGAUCAUGUGGUCAUCUCACCUCCCGGUGACUCGGAUAGAUCAAUGGAUGUAGAACAAAAAAUUAAAGUUGUCACGAGAGAAGUUCGCGGCCCCGAGCCCGGUGAUAAGUUUUCCUCACGGCACGGGCAGAAGGGAGUAGUGGGUCUCAUCACUGAUGGUGUUAACAUGCCCUUCAACGAGCAAGGCAUUUGCCCGGAUAUGAUCAUGAAUCCUCAUGGAUUCCCGAGCCGUAUGACAGUUGGAAAGUUGCUGGAACUCGUUAGCUCAAAGGUGAGUGCACUCACGGGGAAGUUCGGCGAUGGCACUGCCUUUGGUGGUGAUAAGGCUGAGGAUCUGGGUGAGGAAUUGAUACGGCAUGGAUACAAUUAUCACGGAAAAGAUAUUUUCUAUUCAGGCGUAACGGGGGAGAUGCUGCGGGCUUAUGUUUUCUUUGGCCCCAUUUAUUACCAACGCUUAAAACACAUGGUUACUGACAAAAUGCACGCUCGUGCCACUGGACCCCGUUCCAUGUUGACGAGGCAACCCACGGAAGGCCGAUCCCGCAGUGGAGGUUUGCGUGUUGGUGAAAUGGAAAGAGAUUGCAUGGUUGGAUAUGGCGCAUCCAACCUCCUUAAUGAGCGACUUCUUGUGAGUUCUGACCUCUUCACAAUUGAUAUUUGCCGCUGCUGUGGGUUUAUGGGUUAUAACGGCUACUGUUCAUACUGCAAUGCCAAAAAUACCGUCUCACGUGUAAAUGUCCCUUACGCUUUCAAGCUUUUACUUCAAGAACUUCAAGGAAUGGGAAUAAGUACGCGUCUUUCGCUUGAUUUCAUGGGAUCGCAAUGA